UAAGCUCUUGCAAAAACCUGUGAUGUCCUUUGGAUUCCGUUUAAAACCGACUGCGAGGAGCUGCUGGGACGCUUCCAACAGAGACAAUCUGUGCGCUAUGAAGACUUCGCAGUUAUAUGGAGAGAGAUGAACUUCUCUAGCGUGUUUUAUGGUAUGACCACAAACCGGGAGAAAAGACCCUUUAGUCGUCUUGUCUUUACCACGGUAUAUGACUACUACUUGCCUCCAUACAGCUUUCAGAUCCGAGUGGGGGCACUGUACAUGUUCUAUGGCCUUUACUUUACACAGCCUGCCUGGCCAAAGGAAAAGAUCUGGAUUGCACUGAAGGACUGGAUAUGUAUACAGCAAUUUGUCUCAGAUGCUGUCAGCUGUCAACACCUGGAUGUUGUUUACGUCUACAUGAAGCUGGUUUCUGAGAAGGCUUUUUAUUAUACGGCCAUGCCCAACCAGCUCAUGUUUGAUGCAAAGCGCCGUUUUAAAAACAAGAAAAUCAAUGACUUGUUCUACGACUGGCCAUCCAGAGUGACCCAACUGGUUAAUGCAGGUACACUGGAGGAAAUUACAAAUGUGCAGGCUCAUUAUGAGCAGAUUAAGCAGGCUUGUCAUGUGUCUGCCUCGGUCAGUGUGACGCCAGUUGACCUUCCUGCUCAACUUGAGGAACGUGCUCUUGAGUUUCAGCAGUGGCAGGAAAAUAACAAAAAAAACUCUGGCGCAAAGGAAAACACUGAGCAGUUAGAGUGCUCCAAGAGGGCAGCUCUACUAGCUACAAUAAAGUCAAAGUCUUCUAGGCAUCUAGCAACGGCUUCCAAAUCACGAAGACACAGACAGGUGGAAAUGGACACCUCGGAAUCUGGGCCAGACCAUGUGGAAGAGUUUUCGUCUCCGCACAAAAAGAAGCAGCUCUCUCUCAGGCAGAGGACAUGGCAAAACCUGGGCAAAAAAGAGUCAGACAAGCAAAAGCAACACCACUGGCUUCUCAGCACAAAGGAGGAAGACAAAGCAGCUUUGAAGAAGUGCCAACAGAAGAACAAAUUUAAGUGGUGAAAUAUGGCACGGUUGUCAGCGUGGAUUUCUCUCUCACAAAAUGUGAUUUACUUUUUCAUAGGUUUUUGUUGGUAAAACUAAUUUAGAAAUAGAAACAGAGUGGAUCUCUACCUAAUUAAUUUUUGGAGAGACUGUAUUUGCAGCAACUAAAAGUUAAUGUUUUGCGUGUUUGAUUAAAUAGAAUAAAUAUGCUUGUAAAAAUGAAAUAUUUAGAGAUUUCAGUAAGUUUUGCGGGCGGCACGGUGGUGUAGUGGUUAGCGCUGUCGCCUCACAGCAAGAAGGUCCUGGUUUCGAGCCCCGGGGCUGGCGAGGGCCUUUCUGUGUGGAGUUUGCAUGUUCUCCCCGUGUCGGCAUGGGUUUCCUCCAGGUGCUCCGGUUUCCCCCACAGUCCAAAGACAUGCAGGUUAGGUUAACUGGUGACUCUAAAUUGACCGUAGGUGUGAAUGUGAGUGUGAAUGGUUGUCUGUGUCAGCCCUGUGAUGACCUGGCGACUUGUCCAGGGUGUACCCCGCCUUUCUCCCGUAGUCAGCUGGGAUAGGCUCCAGCUUGCCUGCGACCCUGUAGAAGGAUAAAGCGGCUAGAGAUAAUGAGAUGAGUAAGUUUUG